AUGCCGAAUGCAGGAAACUACGACUACAUCAUUGUUGGCGCCGGGUCGGCGGGUUGCGUGCUCGCGAACCGGCUGAGUGCCGACCCGAACCUUUCGGUGCUGCUGCUCGAGGCAGGCGGCUGGGAUCGCGAUCCCAUGAUCCACAUCCCGCUCGGAUGGGGAAAGAUCCUGACGGAGCGCCGCCACGACUGGAUGUAUUUUUGCGAACCCGAGCAGAAUGUGGGCGGACGCAGCGUCGAGUGCGCGCGCGGAAAGGUGAUCGGCGGCUCGUCGUCGACCAAUGCGAUGGCCUAUGUUCGGGGCAAUCGCGGAGACUAUGAUCGCUGGGCCGCCAACGGGCUUGAGGAUUGGUCAUACGACCGGGUGCUUCCCUAUUUCCGGAAGCAGGAACGCUGGGAAGGCGGCGAGAGCCGGUACCGCGGCGGCGCCGGGCCCGUCAGCACCCAGUUCUGCCGCUAUCGGGACCCGCUCGUGGAGGCGUUUGCGCAGGCCAGUCGACAGGCGGGCUAUCCGCAGACAGACGACUAUAAUGGCGAGACCCAGGAGGGUUUUGGCCGCCUUCAGAUGACCAUCUCGAAGGGUCGGCGCUCUUCCACAGCCUCGGCCUAUCUUCGCCCUGUCCUGAAACGUUCCAACCUGACCGUGCUGACCGAAGCGACGGCCACGAAAAUCCUUUUGAAGGACGGGCAGGCCACCGGCGUGCAGAUGCUCCAUCGCGGGACGCAAAGAACCGCCGUGGCCCGCAAGGAAGUGUUGCUGGCGGGCGGCGUGAUCAACACGCCACAAUUGCUCAUGCUGUCGGGUGUCGGCGCCCCGGAUGAAUUGUCGGCGCAGGGGAUUGCGACGCAGGUCGAUCUGCCGGCGGUGGGCAAGAACCUGCAGGACCAUGUGUCGGUCAUUGUCAUGUACAGGCGCCGGACCCCCGGCCCAUUCCUCCGAAACAUGCGGGCGGACCGGAUCGCACUGGAUUUCGUCAAGACCUACCUCACCGGUCGCGGUUUCUCCUCGGACGUCCCAGGCGGUGUGGCCGCAUUCCUCAGGAGCGGUCCGGAUCGGCCACUGCCGGACGUGCAACUGCUUUUCACGGCAGCGCCGCUUGCCGCAUGGCCUUAUCUCAAGCCGUUCAAGCAGCCGUUCCAGGACGGGUUCGCGACGCGCAUCGUGGCAACGCAGCCCAAGAGCCGGGGCUCGGUCAGGCUCGCCUCGUCCGAUCCGCUUGCCGCGCCCCUGAUCCACCAGAACUUUCUGGCCCAUCCCGACGACUGGCAAUCGCUUCGCGCGGGUUUUCGCGUGGCAAGGAACCUCGCGGCACAGCCCGCCAUGGAGCCCUUCAUCGAGGCGGAAUUCUUUCCCGGACCCGAUUGCCAGAGCGAUGACGAGAUCGACGAGCACAUUCGCCAGACCUGCAUCACCGUGCAUCACCCGGCCGGCACCUGCCGGAUGGGCAGCGAUCCGGCCUCGGUUGUCGAUCCGGCCCUGCGCGUCCGCGGCGUCGAUGGAUUGCGGGUCGUCGAUGCGUCCGUGAUGCCCGAUCUGGUCUGCGGAAACAUCAAUGCCGCGGUCAUCAUGAUCGCCGAGAAGGCCGCCGACCUCAUCUCGACGGAACAGACAAGCAGGAUAGCGGCAUGA